GUGUUUGCAUUAGCCUAUGGACCGCCAUAUGUUAACCUGAAUACUACAGUGAGCUUGUGGGCAGUUGAGUUACUGAUGGAAGAACGAGAGAGGAAAAUUGUUCAGGGAUGUGGAUGCCGGAUACCUGAAACACAUGGUCUACCAUGUAAAUGUAAGAUGGAUGAAUUGAGUGCUGCUGGCGUGGAGUUGCACCACCACCACUUACAUCCAUUCUGGUCAUCUUUGGUGUAUGAGAGUCCUCCCGAUCUUGCAGAAUGGGAAGAUCACGAUGCCAUUGAGCGUGACACUUUUACAGCCAUGGUACAAGAUGUGUACAAGCAAGGGCCAGCUGCUAUCCGAAAGGCAACUCAAGUACUACGCCCUCAUAUUCUUCCACAAGUUGAAGGCCUACAAGAGCCUAAGGAGUUAGAGGUUACAAAGGGACGACCACCUAGGAGGAGCAACACUCGAGAUCCUUCAUGGUUUGAGCAUGAGAGGGCAAGGUCGGCACAGACGAGCAGAACAAAUCAAAUUCCGAGGACAUCGAGGAGCAGAACACCUCAAAACCGGAGGCCCACCGCAGGCAUGCGGAAAAGUCAAGAUAUGCAAGUUCAUAGUGAGAGAAAUGUUUGUCCUUACCUCCGUUGGGUCCCACCUAGCAUGCAUCCUCUUGUUAGAGGUUGGUUUGACCCAGAACCAGAUGGACAUUGUGGUUUUCGGGCCAUGUCACAUGCGAUUCAUGGAGACGAGGGACACUACAUGCAAAUGAGACAAGAUCUUAUCAUAGAAGUACAAAAUCAGUGGGAUAUAUACAAGGAAGCUUACCAAUCUAGAGAUGGAACGUUGGAGCAAGUACUUCACAGGUUGAAUUGUCAGACUGCUGGGAGGUGCGACAGAGAGUAUUGGUUUGAGGAGGUGGAUUUGUUGGCAUACGCAACCAUGUACAACUGGGCAAUUGUCGUAUAUGGAGUGCAGGGGGCGCGAGAGCGCACGUAUGGGUACACCGCCUUACCUAUGACGGCACCGCCAGGGUUCACUCAUCCCAGUUAUGUUCUGCCAAUGGUCUUUACUGGGGCCCAUUGGGUCCGACUAGUUCUCGACAAUGUCGAUGGGGUGACACCAAUGCCAUAUUUUAGUCCACAAUGGACUCAUUUUCGGAAUAUGAGCACAAUUCCGCAUUGGGAUGAGUUAUACCAACAAGAGCAGGAAUUGUAUGCCAUCCUUGGAGGACAUUAUCCACCCACUGACGAUGAAGAGAAUGAUUAA